AUAUGGAGUUUGAAGAGUUCGCUAUCCCCGAGGACAAACCAGCGGGGGAGACCGGGGGCUCCCAAACCAACACUGCCAGGACCUUCCCGGUCAAUCCAGAGACCGUGGAAAUCCUUGACGAAGAGGAGCCCCAAGAAGACCGGUCUAAGGGGAAGGAGAAGGAGAAGGCCGGUCGCCGGGUGAAGAAGGUGGCCACCACGCACCCCUCCUAUGCCAAGAAGAGGGCAAGGUCAGAUCCUGAGCCGGCCGGCCAGACCAUCGAAGAGGCCUUCGUCAACCUGGGGCUGAGGCUGAAGGAGGUAAGUUCUGCUGCUAUCCUGGUCUUGAUCCCUCUUCGCUAUUAUUCCAUUCUUACCGGGCUUCUUUUUCCUCUUGUGCAGGCGGGGGAGAUUGGACCCCUCACAGCCGACCGGCUUGGUUUAGGCUCUCCCUCGGAGUUUGCCCGGCUGAAGAAGGAAAAAGAGAAGAUGAACCUGAUUUUGAAGAAUCAGGCAGAUGAGCUGAUCCGCCUGUCUAGUAUGGCCGGGACAAUGAAGGCGGAGAUCUACCAGCUGAAGGAGGAGAACGGCCGGCUUAUGGAUGAAGUUUCUGAGGACAAGAGGGAAAUGGCGGAGAAGGUAGAAACCUUCCCCGGGCGCGCAGCCGCCUGGGUUGAAGAGAACAAAGUCGAUGCUGCCCGGGUGAUGACGGCGACGCCGGAGGCGACCUUGGAAUCCUUCAAGUUCCUAUACCGGGAACUUGAAGGGAGAAAAAUGAUCACCGCCAUCGGAUCCUUUGGGUUCAAGAGUGGUCAGAAAAAGGACCGGAUUGCCUCUCACCGGGUACUACUCAAAAGAGACCCGGGCUUCAGUGCUGCAUCCUACGGCUUGGCCCCCAUUCCUGAGGAAGAGCCCACUCCCCCUUUCCCUCUUGAGUAAAACUCCCCGGAUCGGACCGGUUGUUUUGUAAACUGGAAACUUCCUUCAUUUCCCCGGGAAUGCCCGGUGUAGCUGUAAAACACUUAACAUUCCU